AUGGCGUCUCCUUCCUCGUCGUCCGCGCCGGCAUCACCGUGGGUCAUCCUAGGCAGCAUCCCUCGCGUCGCCGCACCGGACGACGGCAGCGACGUCUCCGUUGCGCUCACGGCGCCGCCGCGCGUCUCGAUCCUCACCGUCUCCCCACGCGUCUUCCCGGAUCCCCCAACUCCCCACUUCUUUCCCUUCGUCCUCGCCGCAGACCCCUCCGGCCUGCUACUCCUCCAGGCCAACCUGCAAUGCGCCCCGACCCGUGAAGUCAUCGACCGUCCCGACCACCAGUCCGUCACCUGGAAAGACAACAACGCGCGAUACUUCGUGCUCGACGCCACCACCGGCUCGGCUUUCCACCUCCCCGACCCUCAGGCCACCAUCAUGCACCAGGCGCUCCUCGGCCUUGUCGUCUCUCCUGGCGGCGGCGGCCACUACAUGGUCGCGGAGCUCCAGCCCAUCAUCGGCAGCAGCACGGCCACGCUCCUCUGCUUCUCUACAGAGGUUGGGGAGUGGGUGGAGAAGAGCGUCCAUUACCCGCUCCCGCCCCGCCCGCUGUCUCCCAUCUGCGUACUCUCGCACCACGGGAGGCUCUGGUGGAUCGACCUCUCAUGGGGCGUCAUCACCUGCGACCCCUUCGCCGACGAGCCGGUCCUGGGUUUCGUCCCAUUCCCGCCGGGGAAGGUCCUGGCGUGCAGGGAAGCUAAGGGACUCACCGACAUGUUCCGUUGCGUCGGGGUGAGCGGCGGCAAGCUGCGUUUCGUGGACACAUACAUGGACAGGCGUGCUCAUCAUGCCGGCGGCCCUAUUCCCACCGUAGGCGUGUGGACGCUGGCCGAUCCAGACUCCACGGAGUGGACGCUGGAGCACGAGGCGAGCUUUACUGAGAUCUGGGCCGAUCAAAGCUACAAGGCGACCGGGCUGCCGAACAAGGUGCCCAGGCUCGCCCUCAUUCACCCCAAGAACCCGGACGUGCUCUACUUCUUUCUUCAAGAGCGCCUCUUCGGUGUUGACGUGCCUGCUCGCAAGGUGGUGGUGUGCGAGGUCUAUGGGCUGGUUGCGCCGCCGAGCUGCUGCAUCGCCACCCGCUUCGUCCGGUCUUGGGAGCUGCCGCGGGCACUCUCCUCAGGGAACUGGUCUGAUGGUAUCAACUUGGCUGAAGAAUCUUAUGCUCGACCAUAUCGGCCAUCCCCAGAGGAUUACCACAUGGUGGGUUCUCUUAGGCAGACAUUCAUAGGAUGA